AUGUCAUUCACCAUGGAGGAUAACUUGGAGUCAGGAUGGGUGUCCGUCCGACCCAAAGUCUUCGACGAAAAAGAGAGGCAUAAAUUUGUUUUUAUCGUGGCCUGGAACGACAUCGAAGGAAAGUUCGCCAUAACCUGUCACAACAGGACGGUUCAGAGACGGACCACUUUUCUGGACCCGCUUCUCGACUGUAGCCCUGCUGUGACACUUCCUGUCCCCGGCGCCUCCGUGGCAGAAAAACACACAAAAAGUGUUGUCAUAUCGAAGAAAGAUGAGGUGUCCCAAGCGGGGAAAGUUAGACCACACUCGUUUCCCAAAGGAAAAGCGACAACAAAGACCCCGGUCGGAGACAAAAAGCACGCCAGAGCCGGCCGUUCGAAGACAGCUGAUUGUGUUAAUCCCUCGAUGGGGUCCUGGGACAUCGUGACCCCUAAAGUAGUGGACAUAGAAAUCCUGGACCCCGUCGAUGUUCCGGGGCUCCUUUCCCCUGAUGAUGCGGACCUGGUGGACGCUGAGACCGGCGGCCAUGAGGACUUCAGCUGGGCCGGCCUGUUCUCCUUCCAGGACCUGAAGGCAGCCCACCUCCAGCUGUGCGCCGUCAACUCGGACCUGGAGCCGUGUUUACCGCUGUUUCCGGAGGAGCAGUCCGGUGUGUGGACGGUGCUGUUCGGCGCCCCCGGAGUCUCCCAGCGAGAGACGGACGCCCUGUGCUACCAGCUGCAGGUGUACCUGGGUCAUGCCCUGGACACCUGCGGCUGGAAGAUCCUCUCACAGGUGCUGUUCUCCGAGAGCGACGACACUGAGGAGUAUUACGAGAGUCUGAGUGAGCUGAGGCAGAAAGGCUACGAGGAUGCACUGGACAGGACCAAAAGACGCAUGCAAGAGGUGUUGGACAGGCACAAAGCCAUGGACAGCAUGGUGGAGCUGCUGCAGGUGUACCCUGAGGAGGAUGAGAUCUACGGAGAGCUGCUGGAAGCAACAACUCAACUCUACCACUACCUGCUUCAGCCGUUCAGGGACAUGAGGGAACUGGCCAUGUUGCGCAGACAGCAGAUUAAGAUCUCACUAGAGACAGAGCGACUGGGGCCCCGUCGAGUGGAGAGCCUGAGGAAAGAGGACGAGGAGUGGCAGAAGAAGGCUCACACUGCAGUGCUUUCUAUACAAGACCUGACUGUCAAGUUCUUUGAAACCACGACUCGAGCACAGAAAGCUUUAUAUGAGCGGAUGCGAGCUGACCAGAGGAAGUUUGGCAAGUCGGCGUGGGCAGCAGCAGUCGAUCGCAUGGAGCGGUUACAGUAUGCCGUGUCCAAAGAAACUCUGCAGCUGAUGAGAGCCAAGGAAAUCUGCCUGGAACAAAGGAAACAUGGCUUGAAGGAGGAGAUGCAGAGUCUGCAAGAUGGGGAGGAUGCCAUGCUGCGUCUGGACCAUCUGGAGGCACUGUACUAUGAGUUACAGUUGCAGCUGUAUGAUAUCCAAGCAGAGGUUCUGCGCUGUGAGGAGCUGCUGCUCACGGCCCAGCUGCAGAGCCUACGGAGGCAGAUGACAGAGCGACAGGAUGAGGUGGUGUACUAUGACGCCUUUGAGAGCCCUGAUGCCAUGAAAGGCAUAGAUGAACCCGCAUCCCCACCGUCCCCCAUCAGAGAUGAAGAACUCUGUGUCCUACAGCAGAGGACGCGGCAGCUCGAAGCCCGCAGAGGCCGCAUCACUGCCAAGAAAGUCUACCUCAAAAAUAAGAAGGAAAUUUGUAUUGUCAAUCACAAUCAGAAGAUUCAACAGCGCCAAGGUAGCCAUGGUGACAGCAAUUCCAUGCAGGUUCUGCAACAGGGAGACGCUGAAGAAGACGAUGAAAUGCAGAGAAAUGCCAGAAUGAGUCAGGAGCGGCAGAGAACUCUGGAUAGACUGCGGAGCCUCAAACAGCGUUACCCAGGGCAGGUGACUCUGAAGUCGGGCCGCUUACGUCUGAGUCAGAAUCACAGCCGGAGGAGAGCGGGACAGCAGCCCAACACCCAGGCGGCCAGCGUCCAGACUGACUGCAUCUCCGAUCUCCCAGAACUCUCAGCUCCUCCUCUGACCGACACCUGCGGCUGCGACAGCGCGUCUUUACCGCCAGUCGGUCCGGCCCAACUCGAAAUCCUCGACUCUUCGCCUCCAUUCUUAUCGCUGCCUCCCCUUUCAUCUUCUCCAUCCAUCCUGUCACUAGGUCCUCCCCCUCCUCCUCCCCCGCCACCACCUCCCCCUCCUCCUCCUCCACCGCCUCCUCCCUCAGAGGAGCAGCAGGGUGAAGGGAAGGAGAGGAGCUCCCCUGACAGCCCAGUGCAGCAACGUCGAUGUGAGUCUGAAUCCCCUUCGUUAUCUCUGGCCCCGUUUUCCCCUCGGUUCUUCGACAGCAGCCAGCUGCUGACAGCGAGGAAGAAGCUGAGGAAGACGUCAUCUCUGGACUCCUCACAGUGGAGAAGAGCGAGCUCCCCCAUGGAUGAAGUUCUGGCGUCUCUCAAAAGAGGCAGCUUUCACCUGAGGAAGGCCGAGCUGCGAGUCCUGGCCCCCGACCCGGACGACGACAGCAACAACAUCCUGGCCCAGAUCAGGCAGGGCGUCAGGCUGAGGAAGGUGCGGACUCGGCCGGAGCAGCAGUGCCACGCCAAGACCUUCCCCCACUCGGCCGACGCACUCACCCGCAGUAUCCAUGAGGCUCUGAGGAGAAUCAAGGAGGCUUCACCGGAGUCUGAGUCUGAAGAUGAAGGCCUCCCAUGCACUGACUGGGAAAACUAGUUUACUUCAAUUAACGGAAGAAUAUUUCCUGCGUAUGUGGGGCCUAAAUGAAGAUAAAAAACACGGCCCGAGUCCAGCGGACAAACCAGGGUUACAUCACUUGGAUGUACUUUGGUACAAUUUGAACAAGCACCAUUAUAAUUAUUAUUAUUUUUUUUUUAAUAGAAAAACGGUUCAGAAGUGCAUUUUCCUACUUCUGUAUGUUUGUAAAAAUGGACCACUAUUGUUUUUUAUGUCAUUGCUGUGGCAUUCUAGGCGAGGAUACAACCUCUAACCUCUCAUUAUGUCAGUCUACAUGUCUGUCGUACUGUAGUUUGCUGUGAUGGGUUUGUGAAUGUUUUUUUUUUUCUUGCUUUUUAUGUUCCACCCACAGCCAACAUUCAAAAUUCUUGUACACUUGAACAUUGAACUACGUAAGAACCAUUUGUACUGUAUACAUUGGUACAGUAAACUGCCUAAACAUGCAUGCUGAAUAGGACAAUUAACCAUUUUCCUAAUUUCGCUGCAUUACAGAGGUGGAAAGUAAAGACAUAUGUGUGAAAAGGCUACAUAUAGAGGAGAAUAUUAUAUAACAAGAAGAAGAAGUGUUGAAUCUCUAAUAGAAAUGCAGAAUACAGUAAAAAUGAGGAGGUUCAAGUUAGGACUUUAUCCAAAUAAACUGUUUACAUGCAGCCCACAUAUAAGUUGAGCCCACACAGGAUCAGACGUGGAGCAGAUCAGCCCAGCUGGUCAAGAAACACAAAGUAAACCUCGAUAUUCGCUCAUUCACAGCUACUUACAUCAGCCUCCUGAUGUGGUGAGCUUUAGAGGCAUUAAAAGUAGCUUUAUUUGCAUACAUUAGUGCUUAAGUGUUACGUUAAAAUGCUAAAAUACCCGGCACACAAAUUAUAUUUCUAUAGAUGCUUCACUAUAGUCAGGUAUGAACCAAAACUGACAGUUGUCGCACACAAAUGGCUUAUUAUUAUUGUUAUUAUUAUUAUUAACUACUUGUGUCUGUUGACUUGUGCAUCCUCUACUUGCUGUCUUUUAAGGAUGCCAUUAUGACCGGGUCAGUAUUUUUGUUAAAAUAUACCAUUUACAUUUUCAACACGUGCUGAAAAUGUAUAUGAUUACUUGAAUCUGUCUUUGGUUGUUUUCUGUGAUUGGCUGCUCUUGCUGUCACUAAAAGACGCAACAACAGAUGGAUGAAAAUAUUGUUUUAAUAUCUGUACAGGAUCCGCUGCUUAAUAAUGAAAGAACUCUGUGAUAGGAUCAUUUGUAGCUGAAGGUUUAAUCACUCCGUUAAGACUGAAUUAACA